AUGAGCCCCGGUCAGUCGCGCCACGCCAUGAACCUCCGUCCACCCAGGACCCCUCGUUGGAGACGUAGGACACCUGCUUCGCCAUCGGCUGCCCCACGACGUGGAGGCCCCAGUGCAUCUGCCCCAGCUGCACCACAACGCGCAGGCCUCAGGGCAUCUGGCCCAGUACGCCGUAGGCUGCCUGCUCGCCAGGCCGCCAUUAGAACUCGUCACAGUGUCACUGAGGGCGUAGUACGCACUGUGGUGCGCCGCGCCGAGGCCCCCGCUGCUGCUGCCGCCACAGAGAGUUCAAACAACUCUGAAGGGGAGGAAAUCAUUAGCCUAUCGUCAGAUAGCGAUAGCGAACUCGAUCCUAACACCUGGGGCGAAGAAACCCCAGGCAGCCCUGUUCGCGUACGCAACCGCACCCGGGCAUCUUGCUCUGCUCGUGAAGCGAUGAAGGUCAUACAAAAGGAGGUGCUCCGCCUCUCUAAAUUCCAGGAGCUUCUCGAGGAGGAGUACGACGCCGAAGAAAUUGGGCAGGCGUUCCGGUUCAUUGACAAAGAAGAGGAACUCACGGAUCGUAUUGACUUUCUGGAACGCCAAGUAAAGUCUUUAAGGCAAACCUUGGAACACAUUCAGGGUCGAGCCCAACUACACUUGGGUCGUCAUUAG